AUGCUCUGCACCAGCACCCCCGUCAUCACGGUCAACGAGGGCUUCAGCAAGGAUGACGGGGAACUCGACGACGGCGACGCUUCGGACGAGGAGGACGGCGACCCGCGGGAGAUCAGAGACAUCGGCCAGUCCAAGCUGGCGGACCUGGCGCGUCGCUCCCUACGCAUGCGGAGGCGCGUGCACCUGCAGCUGCACCGGCAGCGGCGGCGCCAGCUGCUGCAGCUGGAGGAGGCCAAGCAGAUCGAGCGUCUGCGGAGGGACAAGGACAUCCUCACCAACUUCAUGCGUCUGCGCCUGUACGAGACACAGUCGUCCUUCUCCGGCUCCGAGGUGGCGAGCAGCAGCGGCGUGGACCGCAGCUCGGACAGCGAGAGGAGGGCGGGGGCGUCGCCUGUGCCGUCCGGCGAGGCGGGAGAGGCUCCAGGUACGUAG